UCCCACACAGACUUGAGGGCUCCGGACCUGAAGCCACCAAUCUUCUUAGAAUGGGCACGAGCGCCGCGAGAGGGUAUCAGAGUGGAGGGAGCUGUCGCCCACACCAUCGCGGGGAUUUGUUGUUACCCGUUACUGAUCUUAAUGUCUUUCGUGGACUUUAGCCAAGUACGAUGCUACUUUACUCGUCUGCGUGAAGCCGUUUGACUUUACGGGUGAGUUCUGCUUCUGCCGGGCGGCUUGUGUGUUAAAGAAGAGUGGGAUCACGCUUGUGGAUAACGGAGGGGACGACUUGGGGUCAACAUGAAUUAUACGGAGUUCUACGUAAAUUUCGGUCACCUGUUUCCUAAGAACCUGUCCCUUCUUAGGCACAUUAACAACCCGAGCCUUAAGGAGUCGUUCGCUAUGACGGAUGAUGUGCUGUUCUCUGGCCAUGAACCUGGCACCAUCGCGCUGAUCGUUAUCUACGCGCUCUCCUUUAUUGUCGGGCUCGUGGGAAACGUCAUGGCUCUAAGGGUCUUAACAAAGAAAAGACGGACACAGCUCAUCGGGGUCUCCGCAACACGCAGCCUCCUCAUCAACUUGGCCGUGUGCGACAUGAUGGUGUUGUGCAUCUGCAUGCCGGUCAAUCUCGGACACCAGGUAUACAAAGCCUGGGUCUUUGGGGACUUCUUGUGCCGGGCAGUCCCCUUUGUGCAGGCUGUGUCUGUCUCCGCCAGUGUCCUCAGCCUGGCAGUCAUCAGCCUGAACCGAUUCUACAGCGUCCACAACCCCCUGAACGCCAGGUACUUCUUUACGUGGAGGAAGAUUUGCUGGAUGGUCGGGGUGGUCUGGACGCUCUCCUCAGGGCUUUGUGUCCCCCUUGCAUUUAUGAAUAAGACUAAGCGUCUAGAACUACCAGACCGAAAGCAGGUGAUCGAUCUCUGCGUAGAAAAUUGGCCUUACUUCAAGCUGAGACAAGCCUAUAACUUUCUGCUCUUUUGCACGCUUUAUGGCUUUCCGGUGCUUUUCAAUCUCAUCAUCUGCUUUCUCACAAUUCGCAAACUGUGGAACCCUGACGACAAACUAAAAGAAUACAACAAGUGCACAUUUGCACAGUUGGAGUCACGGCUGAAGGUACGCAAAAAAGUGGCCAAGAUGGUGGUGGCCUUGGUCGUGCUCUUCACACUCUCCUGGUUGCCUCUGUAUGUGGUGGACAUCUGGAUCGAUUUGAACCUGCCAAAUGGGCCUUUGGCUGAGGACGUCGGUUUUGAGCAGGACAGACACGAGUGGAUUGUCCACCUUCGACCUUUUGCACAGUGGUUAGGGCUCACCAACUCGGCCCUCAACCCCUUGUGCUACUGCUUUGUGGGGAACUUGUAUCGAUCUGCAAAGAAGUUUCGAAGAAGCUACGGGAAAAAAAUGUCCUCCGUCUUCAACCUGUCCUUGUCACAAUCCCAGGGCAGCACUGCCACCCCGAUGCUGAUCUCCUACAGAUACGCGCACGAUAAUCCGGGUCUGCAAGUCGGAGGCUGGAAGGAGUGUGACGAUCCAAGCAGCCGCCUCACGAAAUCCAAAAGCAUCUCCUCGGUGACCGUGUGCGAAACCGUGUUCGGCUGAGUGCGGCAGGCUGCUCUGGAGGGGAAUUUCGGAUUAAGUUGUGUGAAAUAUGACAUUAAGCGAUUAACAACAACGUGAACAGUGAGUAUAAAUAAUUACACGUGCCACUAAAUAGACCGAUUAUUCCUUAUUUCGUUAUGUGUUUAUUUCAGUGACAUGCACGCGUCAUGAAAUCAGCCCUGAAAUGAAAACUGUCAAAUGUGAGAGGGCGGGUUCUACCGAGUACUGUGAUUUGAUUGGUGAAUCAGCCGGUAACGCGGAGGCAAAUCGUCUACCAUCAAGUGUCAUAUUUAGAGUUCAGUGGUCCGGAAGACCCACAGUGGCUGCAGGUUUUCAUUCCAUCCAAAUUCACAAUUACUGAUAAUAGCUGGUCUCAUUUAUUUAGAUGGUCUUUUUUCCCUUCUCUUAUUCUGCCUUUAGUAAAACACAGCAGUAUGAUUUUUGCACUUAAGACAUUUAGAAAUAUUUCUAAUUUUGCUUUAAAAUACCUUUUUUGUUGUUGUCCUGUUGUUUUGUUAUUUUUCUGCGCAAUUUGAACCCUUUAUUGUAUCCUAAUAAUGAUAAUUAAAAACAAACAGAACUGACAGCCAGGUAAACAACAUUGAAUGAUGAAAGGCUGCAAUAACUUUAGCGUCAGACCCACUAAUUAGUAGAUAAUAAAUUAAACAAUCAAAACACCUGGAAAAGCAGAAUGAAAAUAAGGUUCAAAAUUGUUAAAAAGUAAAAAAAAAAAAAAAAAAUCCCCUUAUAAGUGCUUAGUACAUUUCAAUAAAAAAUAACCAAAAUUAGUUUUGUUAUUUCUCCAUUUACUCCAAAACACAGAAACUGGGAAAUAACAGCUCACUUAAUUUGUCCUAGGAGUCCAAUUAAAAACAAAAACCUGCAGGCACAGUGGGUCCCCAGGACUGCGUUUGGGAAGCACUGGAUUAGAUUAUACUUUACUUGUCCUCAUUAAGAACUUCACAUUUUACAGAAGCUUUGAAAAAUACAAGGCACUUCAGUUGCAGCCUCCUAAUAACUAGUUUCUUGAAUUGAAUCCGCUGCAUCA